AUGUCGAAUUCCAUGUCGAAGAGACAGCUUCAAGAAACGACAUUUCAACACGUAUUCGGGCAGCAAAAAUUGAUACUGGAAUCCAAAGUUUACAAAAAGCUUCGUUCUGAUCAACGAUUCAAACGAGAUGGAAUCUCCUUCGGCUCAUCAAUCCAAUACGUUUGCAAACCGGACAUCCUAAACGGCGCCAACGGCAAGUACAUCGUCCACAUGGACCCGAACGUUCUCGCUCGUCGUGGACUCAUCCGUUCAAUUUAUUAUGAGCUUCAGUACAUGCCAUCUGAGAGAUCGGUGGUGUUCGAAAAGCAGAUAAAUGGUCGAUAUGCGUUGAACAAGAACAUGAAGUUGGUUUUCUGGGCCAACUUCUCACCAGCGUGUCUUAGCAUUCAAGUGACAACUACUGCCUACCCUACCCACAUCAUUAUUCAACGCUAA